AUGUCAUUGAAGAAGGAUCCCGAGGACGCUUUGUCGCCUAGCAGCUCGGCGACUGGUUCAUCAGAGCGGGACGAGAACUAUGAAUUCUAUAAACAGCACCAAGGUAUCGAAUACACGCGGCAGGAAGCCAAAAAGGUUUUGCGCAAGAUUGAUAUUCGUUUGAUUCCAUUGUUGUUCUUGAUCUAUAUGCUCCAGUACCUGGACAAGAACAGCAUCAACUUUGCCUCCGUCUAUGGCCUGAAGCAGGACACACACCUGAAGGGACAGCAGUACUCGUGGCUUGGUUCUAUCUUCUACUUCGGAUACCUCGUUGCACAAUGGCCUGCCGGAUAUGCAAUGCAGAAACUGCCGGUGGGCAGAUUCCUCUCCAUCACUACUAUAAUUUGGGGUGGCCUAUUGAUGACAACGCCGGCAUGCUACAACUUCACCGGAAUCGCCAUCAACCGCUUCCUCCUGGGAAUGACCGAAGCAGUCGUCACACCUGGCUUCGUCCUGAUGACAGGCAUGUGGUAUACCUCUGAAGAGCAGCCUCUGCGUCUCGAAGCUUGGUACUGCACCAACGGUAUCGCAACAAUGUUUGGAGGCCUCAUCGGAUAUGCCGUCGGACACAUCACCACCGGACUCCCACGAUGGAUGUACGUCUUCCUGAUAUUUGGAGCCGUCUCCGCCUCAGUGGGAAUCGCCGCGCUGAUCUUCCUCCCGGAUCUCCCGUCCACCGCCAAGUUCCUCACCGAGCGCGAGAGAGCCAUUGCCGUCGAGCGUGUAGCGAUUAACCGCCAAGGCGUGAAGACUCGCCAGUUCAAAUGGUAUCAGGUCCGCCAAGCGGCCGAAGAUCCCAAGACGUGGCUUUUAUUCGUCAUGGCGAUUGGCGCGCAAGUCCCGAAUUCCGCUUUGACUAGUUUCACUUCCAUCAUCGUCGGCACAUUCGGUUUCGACACACUCGGCACCCAAUAUCUUCAAAUCCCAGGCGGUGCCGUGCAGUUUGUGACGCUCAUCGCCGGCGGCUGGAUCGCAACAAAGUUCAACGGCAGGUUUCACUCACGAUUCGCCUGCAUGAUUGUCGCAUGUAUAGUCUGCAUCAUCGGAGCCGGUCUGCUGGUCGGACUACCAAGCACGAACAAGUGGGGCCGACUUGUUGCACUCUGGUUGUGCUAUUUCCAGGGCCUAGGCUUCAGCAUGAGCUUGACGGUUGUUAGCUCUAAUAUUGCUGGAUACACUAAGAAGCAGGUUACCGGUGCUCUGUUGUUCACCGGAUACUGUGUGGGCAAUAUUAUUGGGCCUCAGACUUUCAAAGAGGCCGAGGCGCCUGGAUAUCACAGUGCUUAUAUUGCCAUGCUUGCUGGUUAUGUUGUAAAACUGCUCGCCAUUGUUGCCUUGUAUGUUUACAUGUACCUUGAGAACAAGCGUCGAGACAAUAUGGCGAUUGAUAGCCAGGAGGUUGAGGCUGAGGGUGUUGAGAACGGAAUGCUGGACAAAACGGAGGUUGAUAAUAAAGGGUUUAGAUACGUGCUAUAG